UCAUCAGAAAAUAUUCAUUCUUCAUGGUAUCAGAGCCUUAAUUCUCGGCUUCCGUUUUCUUCCCAAAAACCUUGAUCGGCAGUCAACCUCCCCUCCUCUCUGCCGAUUUCUUCCCAACCCUGAUCGGCAGCCCUCCCCUCCCUUCUCCUCACUGCCGCAGAUCCUCUCCCUACUCACCACCAUGACGGAUUCUUCCGCCGUCACCGGCAAGGCUAUCUCAAAAACUGAGAACAACUCUUCCCCCAACUCUCCACAUCUAGCCUUCACAACUAUAUCUAAUAUCAAACUCCAUGUUCCUGUGCAACUCAGUUUGUCCGAGCCAAAUUACAAAAAAUGGAGUCGAUUGUUCCGUCUAUUGAUUCUCCGUUUUAAUCUCAAGGGAUUCAUUGACGGCACCACCAUCGCCUCCUCCGCAGACGACGCUGAAUGGUAUCAAUUCGAUGCCCUAAUUCAAGGUUGGAUCUUGUCCACCAUCACGGACGAGGUUUCCGACCUAGUGCUUGCCAACAAUCUCUCCGCCCAUGCUCUAUGGAAGGCUAUUCGCAACCUCUUCCACGACAAUAAGCAUGCACGGGCGAUGCAACUGGAGCAUCGUUUCCGCACAACCGUGAAGGGCAACCUCUCCAUCAACGACUAUUGUCGUCUCCUCAAGAACCUCUCCGAAUAUCUCGAUGAUGUGGAUGCGCCGGUCACCGAACAUGCACUCGUACUCCAAGUUCUUCAAGGUCUCCCCCACGACAUCCGGAGUCAAGUGCAAUUCUUGCAAUAUCAAAACCCGCUCCCCACGUUCUUGGAAGUUCGGUCGGCGUUACUUCUUGUUGAACAGCAGCAACACGACUCUCACUAUGGUUCCGGCACGUCACCCACAGCCCUUCUCAGCACUGGAGGUCACGGCAGCCAUGGGGGGAGCGCACAUCGCCAAGAUUGGGGCAGCGCCUAUGGCAGUUCUGGGAACAGCGGCAGCGGCAAUUUUGGCAGCGGACCUGGCGGAGGCUCUGGCGGACGCGGCAGCAGCUUACAGAACGACUGAAAGGGGAGUUUGCCAUGACAGACAUGGGUGACCUUCACUUCUUCCUUGGGAUCAAUGUCCAGCGGACCGCUCACGGAUUGUUCCUCACUCAGACUCAGUUCAUCUACGACAUCCUUGAACGUGCCGGCAUGACAUCGUGCAAACCAGUCUCUACUCCCGUGGACACCCGUGGGAAGUUGUCGG